GCAACGCAAAAAGUUCUACGAGAUGGCGCCAAUAAAACAUGUUCCUUUCCAAAAAGAACAUAGUUCAUUUUCAAAAAGAAAAUAGGUUAAAACGUUUUCUUUAAUUCUCCAGAAUUUUAUAUUUAAGUUGUUGAAUUAAUUAUGUCAGUUAAUAAAUGACAAUUUUAUAUUUAUUGCACUCAUGUAAUACAAUAAGAUAAAACAUGAAGAUUAGCGUUGACGGCUUAAUUGUUUAUUUUCCAUACGAUUAUAUAUAUCCAGAACAAUAUGCGUAUAUGCUUGAACUUAAGCGUGGCCUGGAUGCAAAAGGUCACUGUCUUUUGGAAAUGCCAUCGGGAACUGGCAAAACAAUAACAUUAUUGUCUUUAAUUGUUGCAUAUAUGCUGGAACAUCCUCUAGAUGUUACAAAGUUAAUAUAUUGCUCCAGAACUGUACCAGAAAUAGAGAAAGUUAUAGAAGAAUUGAAAAAACUUAUUAAUUACUAUGAAAAAGAAUUGAAGAGUAAACCAAAAAUAGUAGGAUUAGUUCUUAGUUCAAGGAAAAAUAUGUGUAUUCAUCCUGAAGUAAGCAGGGAACGAGAAGGAAAAGUGGUUGAUUCACGAUGUCAUUCUCUUACUGCAUCAUAUGUUCGUGAUAGGCAUAAUUAUGAUGAAUCUACACCAAUUUGUAGUUUCUAUGAAGGAUUUGAUAUGGAAGGUAGAAGUCAAAUUAUACCUUCUGGUAUAUAUUCUCUUGAUGAUCUAAAAGAUUAUGGUAAAGAUCGUAAUUGGUGUCCAUACUUUCUUGCACGUUUUAUGAUUUUACAAGCUCAAAUUGUAGUAUAUAGUUAUCACUAUUUACUUGAUCCAAAAAUAGCUGAAACUGUUUCUAAAGAAUUAAGUAGAAGUUCUGUAGUCGUAUUUGAUGAGGCCCAUAACAUUGAUAAUGUUUGUAUUGAUUCGAUGAGCGUUAAAAUAAAUAGAAGACUCAUGGAAAAAAGUUCUGCUAAUGUUCAGCUUUUAGAAAAAACUGUUGCAGAAAUGAGAGAAGAUGAUGUUAACAAACUAAAAGAAGAAUAUGAAAGAUUAGUUGAAGGAUUAAAAGAUGCUCAAGUACAAAGAGAAACUGACAUUAUUUUAUCAAAUCCUAUAUUACCUGAUGAAGUUCUUCAAGAAGCUGUUCCUGGGAAUAUAAGGAACGCAGAACAUUUUGUUAAUUUCUUGAAGCGAUUUAUAGAAUACUUAAAAACACGUUUACGAGUGCAACAUGUUGUACAAGAAUCUCCAGCAGCAUUUUUGAGAGAUAUUCAAACAAAAGUUUCUAUAGAACGAAAACCUUUACGAUUUUGUGCUGAACGUUUAGCAUCACUUUUGAGAACUAUAGAAAUAACAGAUCUAACAGAUUUCUCCCCGCUUACUUUAAUAACACAUUUGGCUACAUUAGUUUCCACAUACACAAAAGGAUUUACAAUUAUAGUAGAACCAUUUGAUGAUAAAACACCUACAGUUUUGAAUCCAGUAUUACAUUUUAGUUGUUUAGAUUCAUCCAUAGCAAUGAAGCCAGUAUUUGAAAGAUUUCAAUCAGUAAUUAUUACCUCUGGAACGUUAUCACCUUUGGAUAUGUACCCAAAAAUAUUAGAUUUUCAUCCAGUAAUAAUGUCUUCAUUUACAAUGACAUUAGCUCGACCAUGUCUCCUUCCAAUGAUUGUAGCAAAAGGUAAUGAUCAAGUAGCAAUUUCAUCAAAAUAUGAAACAAGAGAGGAUGUUGCUGUUAUCAGAAAUUAUGGUCAACUUUUGGUUGAAUUUGCUGCUACCGUUCCUGAUGGCUUAGUUUGCUUUUUCACUUCAUAUUUAUACAUGGAAUCUGUUGUAGCUGCUUGGUAUGAUCAAGGAGUAGUAGAUCAACUUCAGAGACAUAAAUUGCUAUUCAUUGAAACUCAGGAUUCAGCGGAAACUAGUUUAGCUCUUUUGAAUUACAUAAAAGCUUGUGAAAAUGGUCGAGGUGCUAUUUUGCUUUCAGUAGCUCGUGGAAAAGUAUCAGAAGGUGUUGAUUUUGAUCAUCACUUAGGUAGAGCUGUUUUAAUGUUUGGUAUACCCUAUGUGUAUACACAAUCAAGAAUUUUAAAAGCACGUUUAGAAUAUUUGCGUGACCAAUUCCAAAUAAGAGAAAAUGAUUUCUUGACCUUUGAUGCUAUGAGACAUGCAGCACAGUGUGUUGGACGUGCCAUCAGAGGUAAAACUGACUAUGGUAUUAUGGUAUUUGCAGAUAAGAGGUUUUCCAGGGCUGACAAACGAAGUAAAUUACCAAAAUGGAUACAAGAACAUCUGUCAGAUGGUUUAUGUAAUUUAUCUACUGAAGAGGCUGUACAAAUUAGUAAACGAUGGUUAAGACAAAUGGCUCAACCAUUUACACGUGAAAAUCAAUUAGGACUGUCACUCCUAACAAGAGAACAAUUGGAAAAGGAAGAAACUAGUAAAAUCGAACAAAAAGCACAGCAGAAUUAAAUUUUUUAUAAAUAAUAUCCUUAGUAAAAAGAUUCCAUAUGUUUGUGUCAUUUGGGAUAAAUAUUUUUAUUCGUAACAUGUAAAGAUAUCUAUAUAUAAUUUUGUACUGUGAUUGUGUU